AAAAAGAGGUAAAAAAAAAACACACACAAAUCAUACUUGACCCCACAUAAACAUUAAAAAAAGGAAAAAAAAAAAACAAACAAACCAAUGAUGACCAUUUCAAUCCUCCCAUUGAGAACGGUUUUGUUAGCCUAAAAGAGUAGUAAAAAAAUUUUAAAAAAAAAAUGUGAAAGAAAAGUGAAGUUGAAUCAUCCAGUCAUCCAUCCAUCAAGGAAAGAGACUUCGGUUGUGUCCCAAAGAAGAAAACAGACAAAAAUGUUCAUUCUAUUUCCCUGCAGAAUUGUACCUCAUUCUCCUUAUCCUUGUUCACUUUCUUCAUUACUUGGUAUGCAUGAACCAAUAACCAACCAAUUCAAAAGUUAGCCCAGUGAUCAUCUUUGUACCUCUUCCUCGUUAUUUCAAUCGACUUCAUUAAUAGUAUGGACACCGAUAAAGAAAAACCCAUUCCAGAAGAUCAAAAUAAUGUUGAUGAUCAGAAGAAGCAGCCGCAAGAUCUUCAAGAUGCAGCAAAUCAUGCUCCGCUAUCUACCACCACUGAAACUCCAGUUUCACCUCCACCGCCAUCUGAAACAACUCAAGUUGACGUUGGUGAUGGUGAAGGUGAUGUCGCCAAAGGAUUGCCGGAGUCAGAAGAAGUUGUGCCAACAACAUCAGAAGAAGAUCAACAACAACAAGAGGCUUCUCCAUUAUCCCCGCCACCUGAUCUCCCCAAGGUAUCCCAAGAAAUCGAUCAUUAUAUCACAUCAUUAUUAUCAUCACUAAAACAAGAUGUAUCUUCCUCUUCUUCUGCGCCUGAGACGGUCCCCAUAUGUGUCGAACAAUUUGCUGUUCUUUUUGAGGCCAAGAUUGAUGAGUAUGAUUCCGUUGAUUCCCCCGUGAAAUGGAACCGCCUCACCGAUGAGGAUUCCGAAUCAUUUCUCGAUGCAAUUCACCGCAUCUCCAAGCUGUACUCUGCACUCUGUGAAUUCUCUUCUGAUUGUCAAUUCGCCUAUUCUAUCAACCGCAUUGGAACCGUGCUUCAGCGUGCUAUGUCAUAUCUCGAGGAGGAAUUCAGGUUCCUGAUGGAAGAUUACAAGAUUCCUGACUCAGAUUAUCACCAGAAUCCCGUGCCACCUGAGAAGCUCAAUGAUCAACAUCUUCCCGAGGGAGACGAAACACCAGAACAAAAUCAAGGCUCUGAGGAAAAAGACGACGAUGAUCAUCUUCCUCGCCCCACAAAUCAAGAAGAAAAUGUCGAUAUUUGCAGGCCUGAAAUUGGGUACUCAGACGAGGGAUUAUCCAACCUGAGGAAGUUAUCAAAAGCCAUGAUACAGGGGGGAUACGAGACGGAAUGUUGCCAGGUAUAUUUUAUCACCAGGAGGAAUGCCCUGGAGGAAACUCUCCAUAAAUUUGGGUCUGAAAAGCAUAGUAUCGAUGACGUCGUCCAGAAGAUGAAUUGGGAAUCCCUGGAAAGAGAAAUCAUGGCGUGGAUCAAGACAUUCAAACAAUGUGCCAACAGCGAGUUUCCUAGGGAAAGAAAGAUCUCGGAUUUUGUUUUCCAUGACUAUCCUCAGGUCUCUGAAUCCAUUUUCUCCACCCUGACAAAAGGCGUCAUAGUAGAGCUUGUCAAUUUCUCCGAAGCCGUGGCCAUGACCAAGCGUGCUGCAGAGAAACUCUUUAAGUUCCUGGACAUUUACGAGACCCUCAGAGACGUACUUCCUACCGUCGACAACUUGUUUCCGAAAGAAUCGGUGCAUUUAGAGGAAAUCAAGUCUGAGGCGACCCUAACACGGAGCCGGCUCGGGGAAGCCAUGGUUUACAUAUUUUGCGAGCUGGAAAACUCCAUUAAAGCUGAUACGGGUAAAACUCCGGUUCCCGGUGGAGCUGUCCAUCCCUUAACUCGUUACACCAUCAACUAUCUAAAAUAUGCCUGUGAGUAUAAAGACACACUGGAGCAAGUUUUUCGGGAGCAUCAAAAGAUUGAAAGGGCAGAUUCCACCGCCGGAUCAGACUUUGACUACAAUACAUCCGGUAGCACCACCAGUGGGGUCUUCGAAAAUAACAGCAGCAACAACAACAAUAAGAAUAGCAAUGAUCAGAAAAUACAAAUAUCUCCUUUCCAGUCUCAGUUAUUAACAGUGAUGGAUCUGCUGGAUCAAAACCUGGAAAUCAAAUCGAAACUAUACAAGGAUCUUUCACUGAGUUCGAUUUUCAUGAUGAACAACGGAAGGUACAUUUUGCAGAAAGUCAGGGGAUCUCCAGAGGUGAGCAGUUUGAUGGGCGACGCUUGGUGCCGGAAAAGAUCAUCAGAUCUCCGGCAGUAUCACAAAAAUUACCAGCGGGAAACAUGGGGAAAACUUUUGCACUGCCUAAUGAACCAUGAAGGGUUGAACGUGAAUGGAAAAGUGGUGAAGCCGGUGCUGAAAGAGCGGUUCAAGAGUUUUAAUGCUAUGUUCGACGAGAUUCAUAAGACGCAGAGUGGAUGGGUAGUUAGUGACGAACAACUCCAGUCCGAACUCCGGGUUUCCAUUUCCAAUAUGGUUAUUCCGGCAUACCGGGCGUUCCUGGCUAGGUACGGUCAGACGUUGACACCGGGCAGACAGACGGAGAAAUACGUCAAGCACCAGCCCGAAGAAAUUGAGGAAUUGGUUGAUGAAUUGUUCGACGGUAAUGCCGCCAACCCGGCUGGAAGAAGAAAGUUAUGAAACACGCAAAUUUAUUUGUUGUCCUCAACGGUGGUCACCCAAGGGUGCAAAAAUUUUCUCUUUUUUAUUUUUUUUCUUCUUUCUUCUUUUGAAGAAUAUUAUUACUGACGAGUUGUUGUCAAAAAGGUUUAAACAAGUUGGAAUCUUGAUCAAAUUCCAUGAGGUUAAUUUUUAUUAUUUUAUUUUUCUUGUCAUUAUGCUUAUAGUUAACGAGACUCCACCCCAGCUUUGUUAAUUAGACUUCUUUCUUGUAUUAUUCUUUUGAUUAUUGGUG